UGAACGAAAUGACAAGCUUGUCAACUCUGAAGAACAAGGGCAUAUUUAGCCACUAUUCUAUUAAGUUAUUAUGUGCGUCUUUAAUUUCGAAAAUUUUCCUAUCGUUUCUUUCUGAUCACUGGAGGAAACGAAAGAACAUGAGAUAUCGCUCGCGAGCUACUAAAAUAAGCAGGGCGUCUUUGAGUCAAAUACGUUCCUUGAUAAAAAUUUGUAUUCCUGGCAUUAUUUCACUUGAGUCCACAAUUAUUUUUGCGUUAACUGCACUUUUAUUUCUUCGAACGAGGCUCACCUUACUGAUAGCUCGAACCAUAGGGCAAAAUGGUCAGUUUCUUGUUGAAAAAAAGAUGAAACAAUUUAUAUUUGGGGUUGUUGAUAUUGGUCUCCUUGCGAUUCCUGGGACUAUCAUCAAUGUGUCGAUUUUCCAUGUGAAAUCCAUACUCCAGAGGCGAUUCAAACAAAAUUUACAGACUACUUUAGAGAACGAAUACUUUCAGGGAAACAAUUUGUAUAAAAUAUCUUCACAACAUACAUUGGACAAUCCCGAUCAUCGAAUUCACCAUGACUCAAGCGUCUUCUGCACGACAUUGGUAGAUUUAUUUCUUUCGGCCAUAAGACCACUAAUAGAUGCGAUCAUAUUAUCUGUAAAUCUUUCCAAAGUCGGUGGAUUCGAUGCUUUAGCGAUCUUGAUAUCGUAUUACCUUUUUGUAAUCAUCUUCACAACUUCGUUCAAGGCAGAUUUCGAAAGUUUGAUCGCCCAUAGCCAAGAAAAGGAGGGUAAUUUGCGUGCAGCACACAAUCAACUUUUCCAACAUGCUGAGGAAAUUGCGUUCCAUAGUGGCGAAGAACUAGAAUGUGAGCAUGUGGAAAAAAUUUUAAAAUCAAUCAUCAAACACGAAACUCGUAUCAAAAAAACUAAAUGGUGGAAUGGGUUUUUAGAUUUUAUCCUUGCUAAGUAUGGUGCAACUUGCACAGGCUAUAUUGUUUCUAGUGUAGUAGUAUUUAAUCAAAAGAACUAUCGAUCGAAGGUAGAGCUCACGAAACUGUACCUACAAACCGUGCAACUUUAUAUACCACUAUCAAAAGCUAUUGGACGGUUACUUCUUCUAUAUAACAAGAUCGCAGCAGUAUGCAGUAGCGCACACCGUGUGGAAGAGCUCCGUGGAAUGCUCUGUCAAAUUUCACUGUCAAAUAAUCUCCUGCAUGCGAACAAUAUUAUUCUUGAUGAUGAAGGCAACGAAAUCGUUUUGAGGAGUGUCGACAUUAUUUCUCCUACAGGGGCACUUUUAGUUAACAAUUUAAACCUAUGCAUUAUUGCUAAACGACAUGUUUUAAUUAUGGGUUGUAAUGGCUCCGGGAAAUCGGCCUUAAUAAGGAUUAUAGGUGGAAUAUGGUUGCCACACAGUGGUAUUGUAAAAAAACCUUCGGAGGAAAAGAUGUUUUUUCUUUCCCAAAGGGUUUAUCUUCCCCCAGGAACGCUGAGAGCACAAAUGGUGUAUCCCUUUACUGAAGCUGAGGCGCAUGCGAAUAAUUUAACGGAUAAUGAAAUAAUGCGCUGUGCAGCUUCUCUAGGACUAACACAAAUAGUUCAGAGAGAAGGAGGACUUAAUGUUGUCAAGGAUUGGCAUAAAGUUCUUUCGGGGGGUGAGAGACAACGAGUAGCAUUAGUGCGUGUUCUCAUUCAUCGCCCUAUCUUCGUUUUUUUGGAUGAAUGCACUUCGGCGAUCCCACAAUGUGAUGAAGUCAAUCUUUAUACUGAACUUCAGAAGGCUGGCAUAACUCUUAUUACUGUUUCUCAUCAUGAAGCUUUAAAGUCUAUACACAAUGUGCUCCUCGAACUAAAAGGAAGUGGUAGUUAUAUGAUUACCGAUCUAUCAUGA